AUGAUAAAUAGUUGCCUGAGCGGGAGUAAUGGUUUUGCUCUUGGUCCGAGAAGUAUCAAAGAUAAAAUUGACAAAAUAAAAAAUGAAUCUGAUUUUUACGAAAAUGCUCCUUUCCUUACUCUAGCCAAAGAAUUGUUAAAGUUAGUCAAAGAAAAUAAAGUAGAAGUAAUUUUCCUCUCGGCUUAUGACAAAAGGGCUUUUCUAGACGGCGAUCCCCGCAAGAAAAAAAUAUUUCGAGAAACUUUUGAAAAUGCUCCUGAUUGCGAGGUAGUAAUAGACGAUAAUCCUAAUAUUCUCAAAAGUGUAAUAGAAAAUAAUGAUAAAAUAAUUGUCAUUGCCCCUUUUUAUUCGACUAUUAAGCACCACCAAAAGGUCUUGUUAAUUAAGACUUCGUUAAGUUCUCUUACCGUAAUUACCGGUCCCAUGUUUGCUGGCAAAACCAGUCUGCUAACUGAAAAAUAUCAUCAGUGCAAAAAUUACCAACCAUGUUUAGUGUUUAAGCCUGUUAUUGAUAAGCGCUAUAGUUUGAAUGAUAUAAUUUCUCACAGCGGAGAAAAAAUCGCGGCCAUUUCUAUUACUGAUAUUGCCGAAAUAGAACAAUAUAAAGAACAAGAGGAAAAUAUUUUUAUUGAUGAAAUACACUUUUUUAAGUCUGAUAUAGUGCCUUAUUUAGAAGAAUUAGCCAAACAGGGUAAAAAAAUAAUAGUGACUGGCUUAGAUUGA